AAAACAUUGUGUGCAUACUGUGUUAUUUAACUUGGCAGGACCUCUCUGACCAGCCUUUCAGAGUACGGUAUAUAAAGAUGUUGCAGGUGCAUGUGAGCGGCAGAGGAUCUGGAGACAGGUGAGUUCUGGACAAAAUGGCCUCCACGCUGGUCCUCCUGCUUCUGGUCCUGGUCUCGCUGGCCUCUGCGUCACAUUACUUCGGGGGGAGCCUUACCUUCACCUACAAAGGAAGAAACCCUGAUGGGACAUUUAAAGUGGACUUGCGCAACCGGGCGACCUUUGAUGGGUGUCAAGACUCCCAUUACUGGUAUUGUUACAACGGCAACUGUGGCGGCAGCUCCAGCUAUCAAGUAGGCGUGCUGGACCGGAGCAGCAACGCCCCCCAAUAUAACCGGGAAUGGUGUGAAACCGAAAGAGUCACUAGGAGAAACGUCCCAACUGACAGACCUUUUCAAAUGAGGGCAGACAGCUGUUGUUGGAUUUCAACUCGUAAUGGGCUUUUUAAUUGGAAACUACUGACGUCAGUGGAUUUGGGAUCAAGAUCUGACACCGGACAACCCAACCACUCACCUGACAUUGCCAUUCUACCUUUCCUACGAGUUCCCCAGAACUGCCCCCGGACAUACAAGCUGAUGUCCUUUGACCCCGAUGGCGACAGAGUUCGAUGUAGAUAUGGAAGUCUCAGCGAGGGAGAGUGCAGCACAUGUAACCAACCCUCAGGCUUUAUCUUAGAUGAGGGCUCUUGUUCAUUACACUACCUCAACUCCAACGCCGACCCCAGUCCUUAUGGAUUUGAGUUGGUGGUGGAGGACUUCCCACAAAGGCAUAUCACUCUGGCCUACACUGAUGGGGGCAGAGACUUCAGGGCUCCACUGACAGCAAGGAGAAAGAGACAAGUUGCUUAUGCUACAACUACAGCCGGAACCACAGCUGUCCCAUGGUGGAGCUGGUGGUAUACUACAGCCCCACCCACAACUACAGCCGAACCCACAGCCGGAACCACAAAUCCAUGGGGCUCAUGGUAUACUACAGCCCCACCCACAACUUCAUGGGAAUGGUGGUAUACUACCGACCCACCCACAACUACAGCCGAACCCAUAGCCGGAACCACAAAUCCAUGGGGCUCGUGGUAUACUACAGCCCCACCCACAACUCCAUGGGGAUGGUGGUAUACUACAGCCCCACCCACAACUACAGCCCCACCCACAGCACCAUGGGGCUGGGGGUACACGUACCCUGGCACCACAAGAAACCUGCAGGCCACCACUCCUCCUCUCAGUAAACUACCAUUGCAGUUCUCCGUCCUUGUGGACCCACCUGCUCCCUCAUGUCAGGAGGGACACUACUUGCCUCAGUUUGUGCACCCUACACCUGCACAUGGAGCUCGCAUCCAGGCAGAGAUCAACAAAGAAGUGGAGAUCAGAGUCAAAGCACAAGCUGCAUACGCAACAAUACAUGGUAUCAUCAUCAGUGGACCAAUGAACAUCAGCAAGCACCAGACCGGAUAUGACGAGUUUGUCAUUAGGUGGUCGCCUACCCUGGAUGACCUGGGAGAUCAUUACCCAAUCUGCUUCGCUGUCGAAGCAGUGACCGGAGCCAGUGGAACGCCUUUUCCAAGCACAACCCAAAGUUACCAUUACCACCCCCCCCCAUCCUCACAGUCGGGUGUCUAUCAGUCCGAGAUGAGGUGUGUUCUGGUUGACAUCCGGAAGGAGCAAGUUAAAUCCCAUGUGAUCUGCGGCGAGUCCUCAAUGACAGUAUCAGUUGAGAAAUCUUCGUUCCGUGGACUCAGUGAGGAAAAUUUGCGGCUCAGUGACUCCAGCAACACCGCCUGCAGCCUCCAGCGUCACUCCAACAGCACUCACAUCGUCGCUGUUGUCCCCCUCAACGCCUGCGGCACUCAGAUCGAGGAAAAUGGUGAAAACCUCAUUUUCAAGAAUACAGUCACCUUAGUCACCCACCCAAAAGACGUGAUCAUCCGGAAAUGUCUGCUGGAGCUGAAGUUCGAAUGCAACUACCCCAAAAGUGUACAAGUGAAACAGAGCUUCAGUGCACACAGGAAAAACGUCAUAGAGUCGGAGAAAGGCCUCGGCACGUUCACCUACAAGUUUGAGUUUUAUCCUGAUAAGAAAUUCCUAACCCCGCUUGCACCAGACACAUACCCUCUGGACUGUGACAGUGAGCAGACCCUUUACAUGCAGAUAGAGGUUGCCUCCUCAAUUGAGAACACCGAGUUGUUUGUGGAGUCCUGCAGCGCGUCACCAUAUGACAUUCCAAACUACAAGACAACCUACCCCAUCAUUGACAAAGGGUGUGCAAAGGACCCGACUGUUGUGAAUUAUAGCCGCCCCCACGACACAAAAUUCCAGUUCAGCAUGGAGGCCUUUAAGUUCAUUGGCUUGCAUGAGCAGGUGUACAUCAGCUGUUCAGUCAUGAUCUGCAGAUUAGGACAACCUGACACCAGGUGCUCCCAGGGAUGCGUCAACUCCAGAUCACGGCGAGAUGAUCAGCAUCAUCACCUCAUCAAGAGAGAGGUUGUCACUCAGAGUUCCAGGCACUUUGUGUCCCAGGGUCCCCUGCGCUUAAGGAGAUCAGCAGAGAGCCCCAGAAGCCCAGGGAUCAACCUGAACAUGAACCUGGUUUUCAUCGCUGGAUGUCUCCUUGCAGCCGUUGGCAUGAUCAGUUCCGCAGUCAUCUACAAAGCCAAAAUGUCAAGGGACAAAUACCAACCUUUGCCCUCAUUUGAAGAUUAAGACAGCAGCGUGUGCAGGAUACCAGUCAUGUAUCAACUACAU